AUGAACCUUGUUGGUUUCACAAAGAGACAGUUGCAAUCUAUGAGAGAUUCUAAAUGGGAUUCUUUGGUAAAUGAUGUUUCUUUAUUUUGUGCAAAACAUGAUAUUGUGAUUCCCAAAAUGAAUAAGAAUUAUUCUCUUGGAAAGUCAAAGCGUAAGAUUUCAAGUAUCAUAUAUUCUCAUCUUUUGUGUGUUGAAAUUUUUAAUGUUGUAAUUGAUUUGCAACUUGGUGAGCUUAACAGUCGUUUUGAUAAAGUGAAUAUUGAUCUACUUCUUGGUAUGGCUAGUUUGAGUCCAGAUAACUCUUUUGUAAAUUAUGAUAAAAAUAGGAUUAUAAAACUUGCUACCUAUUAUCCAGAUGAGUUUAGUACUUCCAUGCUUGAGGAUCUUAGUUUUGAGCUUGACAAUUAUAUUGACUAUGUGCGACAAGGGAAUAAUGAUUUCUCUAAGUUGAAAAGACUUGGGGAUCUUUCAAAGACAUUGGUGAAAAUAAAUUUGCACAAGACUUGGAGACUGGUAUAUUUGCUUGUGAAGUUGAUUUUGAUAUUACCUGUGGCAACUGCAACGGUGGAAAGAGAUUUCUCUUUGAUAAAAUAUAUUAAGAAUGACCUGCAUAGCAGAAUUGGUGAUGAAAUUUUGAAUGAUUGUUUAGUUUGUUAUAUAAAAGAUGAGGUAUUUGAAACUGUACAUAAUGAAGCGAUCAUUGAUCGUUUUCAAAACAUGACAAGUCGUCGAGUAUGA